CUUCAUGCGACGCGGGUCGUGGAGCGCUCACUCACGAAGGACGCCAGGAAAGAAAUUGUGAUGAACUGAAAAGGAUAAAGCUCUUGGAGAAGUGAUGGCGAUGUCUUGUUUGGCUCAAGCCCUGCGUUCCCUUUCCCUCUCCCAGCCAGCCUUGCUGUCCUCUCAGGUCAAAUUGGGUCUUAAGUCGUGUGUGCCAGUGUUAUUACCAUGUAGUGCGACUGGUGCAGCUCCUUGCCGGGGAUUCCUUACCACAGCCUCUCUGGAGCAGAACAGAACUUAUUGGAAGCAAAGAGAGAAGUACUCAAUCAGACCAAUGGGAAUGAAGAAGACAGGUGGAAGGGAUCACACAGGUAGAAUCAGGACACACGGCAUCGGCGGUGGCCACAAGCAGAAAUACCGCUGGAUCGACUUCCAGCGUCUGCGCUAUGCAGAAGAUGAAGAUGGAGAAGGGCAACCGUUUGACGAGAAGGUUGUACAAGUGCGAUAUGACCCGUGCAGGUCAGCUGACAUCGCUCUGGUGGUUGGCGGCAGCCGAAAAAGAUGGAUCAUCGCGACAGAGAACAUGCAGGAGGGUGACAUCAUUAAAACAUCGCCUAUGAUUGGACGCAUGGCAGUGUCAGCAAAUGAGGGUGACUCCUAUCCACUAGGAGCACUUCCUGUGGGCACUCUGGUCAACAAUCUGGAAGUACAACCUGGGAGAGGAGCACAGUAUAUUCGUGCUGCAGGCACAAAUGGUGUUCUGCUUCGUAAAGUAAAUGGAACAGCCAUUGUUCAGCUUCCAUCAAAGCGGCAGGUUCAGGUACUGGAGACAUGCAUGGUAACGGUGGGACGCGUGUCCAACGUGGACCACAACAAGAGGAUCAUCGGAAAGGCGGGCCGCAAUCGCUGGCUCGGAAUUCGCCCGUCCAGCGGCUUGUGGCAGAGGAAAGGAGGCUGGGCCGGACGAAAGAUUAAACCGCUGCCACCGAUGAAGAGUUUUGUCAACCUGCCGUCUGUCUCUGCUAACUAAAUGACAUAUGCUUGGAAUAAAGCAAUGCUUGUUUGUACAGAAGAUUAAAAAUUUUAUUAAACACAACUGCUUGUGAGAGCA